UCAACCCAACCCCACUCUUCAUUCACUAGACGACACGACGGCCCGCUCACCCGUCCUAAAACCCUAGCUCUCCCCCUUCCCCACCGCACCCCCGCGAUGGCCACCGCCGACGGCGAGCCCCAGCCCGUCGCCGCCGAACCCGCCCCGGCUCCGGCUCCGGCUCCCUCCCCCUCCCCGGCCAAGCGCAAGCCCGAGGAGGACGCGGGGUCCGACGCCGACCUCGCGCCCCCCAAGGCAGCGCGUCCCGAUGCCGACGAGGAGGCCGCCGCAGAGGCCGAGGCGGCCAGGUCCAGGGCCCGGGCGGCCGAUAAGGGGAAGGGGAAGAUGGUGGUCGAGGAGGAGGAGGAGGUGGACGACGACGACGACGGCAGCGAGGAUAGCAGCGACAGCGACGACGAGGGGGAGGGCGGCGGCGGCAGCGACGACGACGAGCUCGUCGAGGACCCGCUGGCCGAGGUCGACCUCAGCAACAUCCUCCCCUCGCGGACCCGCCGCCGCGCGCCGCCGCAGCCCGGGGCGUACCUCGUCGCGCCGGAGGAGGCUGCCGCGGAGGACGACGACGACGACGACGCCGACGUCAUUCCUGAGGAGGGAGCGGAUGGGGAGGAGAGCGAUUAGGGCUGCAGCGCCACGGACUCACUAGGGUUCAAGUAUCUGCCGCCCUCUCAUGUUGGAGGGAGGUCCUAACUUCUUUGUGAGCAAGGGUUAAUGCGGAAGCAAGUUUAUUGCUGGCAUGCUGUGUCUAAGUGAGCCUAUGUGUUAUGGAGAUUUGCAUGCUUUAGCCCCCAAUGGAACUGUAUGUUCCUUAUGCUCUUUUGGAACAUUUACAUCAAAAUAGUGCAUGAGGCAAUUGCAGAACAAAAAAUUCAGAUGAAUUAACUGGAUGAGAUUGUUACACAUUUUGGAAAUGAGAAACUGUUAAGUCAUCUGGCAUGUGGUAUGCUGUUCAAGAGGGCUGGUAGUUUUGUAUAUUGGACUUGGGUGUUUAAAUGAACUAUUAUCCAAUCCUGUCAAAGAAAAAAAACCUAAAUUGAGUUUGCGAUACGAUUCUUCUAGCCUUGAUUUGACACUUCUAUAAAUUGGCCUAGGUAGCUGUGUGGGUGAUGCUGAGCUUUAAGGGAAACCCUGCUGCUGUGAUUUGGGCUGGCAUCUGCCGUUUAGUUGUUGGCACAACCUAGGCAGCCCAAGGGGCAGCAUGGUUGGAUAGACAGGCACUGUAGUGAUAGGUGGGACUGAGUGGGGUUGUCAUUUGUGGAGGUGCUUGGUACAAGAGUGAUAAGGGAGGAGGAGUAGCACCAAAAAUAUGCAGGACCGAGGGUAAGAGAUG